AUGUCCUUCCCCCAGCUGGGCUACCCGCAGUAUCUCAGCGCCAGCCAGGCGGUGUACGGGAGCGACCGGCCCGGGGUGCUGGCCGCCGCCGCCGCAGCCGCCGCCGCGACCUCGGUGCUGGGCAUGUACGCCAGCCCCUACAGCGCCCCCAACUACAGCGCCUUCCUGCCCUACACCGCCGACCUCGGCCUCUUCUCCCAAAUGGGCUCCCAGUACGAGCUGAAAGAUAAUCCGGGUGUCCACCCUGCUACCUUUGCUGCCCACACUGCCCCCGCCUAUUAUCCCUACGGACAAUUCCAAUACGGGGACCCGGGGCGGCCCAAAAAUGCCACCCGGGAGAGCACCAGCACCCUCAAGGCCUGGCUCAACGAGCACCGGAAAAAUCCCUACCCCACCAAGGGCGAGAAGAUCAUGCUGGCCAUCAUCACCAAGAUGACCCUCACCCAGGUCUCCACCUGGUUCGCCAACGCCCGCCGGCGGCUCAAGAAGGAGAACAAGGUGACCUGGGGCUCCAGGAGUAAGGACCAAGAAGAUGCAAACCUCUUCGGGAGUGACAAUGAGGGGGACCCCGAGAAGAAUGAAGAUGAUGAGGAAAUUGACCUGGAGAGCAUAGAUAUAGAUAAAAUCGAUGAGAAUGAUGGGGAGCAGAGCAAUGAGGAGGAGGAGGAGAAGCCCGAGCUCCUGAGACAAAGCAGUGAAGAGGAGCACUUGGAAAAGGAAAAGGAUUUGGCACUGUCAGGGUCUGAAGGGCUGAAACCCAAAGAUGCACUGGCUAUAGUGAAGGAGGCCUCUGACAAUAGCACGAGAAUCAUCAGUCCUGGGGGACCAAACAAUUUACAGAUGCCAUCUCACAGCAAACCCAAGAUUUGGUCUUUGGCAGAGACGGCAACCAGUCCUGAUGGUGCCCUGAAAUCUUCUCCUCCUCCACCACCUCCUCCCCAGGUUAACCACACUUCUCAGAUUCAGCACCCUGCUUUUCUCCCUAGCCAUGGACUCUACACAUGCCAGAUUGGCAAAUUUCACAACUGGACAAAUGGGGCUUUCCUCACCCAGAGUUCCCUUCUAAAUGUGAGGUCCUUUUUGGGAGUAAAUCACCACCAUGCUGCUCAUCACAAUCACCACCUCCAGGCCCAGCAACAAUCUUCUGUUUUAACAGCAACCCUGGGAGCGCUAAGCAGCGACAAACCUUCAGAGAGGACCAGUCCCAAACACAUAGAAAGAGAAAAUGUACCAAGAACUGACUCCCCACCCCAGCCGCUAAAAUCGCCCUUCCAGCCUGUCCGUGACAACUCUUUGGCUCAGCAAGAGGGAACACCGAGAAUUUUAACAGCUCUCCCUUCUGCUUGA